AUGUCAUUUCGCAAGCGGAAUGUAGGUAUCUCCACAGGCGCAAAUGGGGCUGCCUCGCCGACAACACCAGCCUCGCAACCCGCUGCUGUACCAGCGAACGAUACUCUUUCUGGAGUGCGACCAUCUCCAGAUGAUGGACGACCAACGACGUCAACGGGCUCUCGUUCUUUGGACAAUUUACUGGCUGGCCAUGCAGGGUUACCGCUUGGAAAAAUACUCCUGAUAGAAGAAAACGGGACUACAGACUUUGCAGGCGCAUUGCUACGUUACUAUGCAGCUGAAGGAGUCGUUCAAGAACAUAAAGUGCAUGUCGUUGGCCCUGGGGAACAAUGGGGCAGAACUCUUCCAGGACUUAUUGGGUCUGCGGAUUCUCUAGACGAAAAAGUUAGUAGAAGGAAAGAGGAGAAGAUGAAGAUUGCUUGGAGGUAUGAGCGGCUAGGGGAAUUUGGGACAGGAGUUGCAGGGUCAAGAGCACCAGUGGCUGCUACGAAUAAUACAACACCAGCGCCACCUGGCGCGAAACAAGAGGCUUUUUGCCAUGCUUUUGAUUUGACCAAGAGACUUACGCAUCCGUCCCUGGCUACUGUCGACUAUAUACCUCUUACUCCUCAGCGAGGAUCGCCCUUGUCGUCGAUAAUGCAAAAGCUACAACUCAACAUUACGAGCAGUCCACCCAAUACCGUACAUCGAAUUGUGAUUCCUUCGCUUCUCAAUCCUGCUGUCUACCCUCCUGAGACAGGCCAGCCUGAAUAUCUCCUCCGGUUCAUCCACUCUCUCCGAGCACUCCUAUCGAAUAACUCAUACAACAUAACCGCCAUGAUCACGAUACCACUAUCUCUGUACCCGAGAUCAACCGGGCUCAUCCGCUGGGUUGAGAUUCUAUGCGACGGCGUGGUUGAGUUGUGCCCAUUCCCCCAUUCCUCCGACGCAAUAGCCACGUCGGGCGCAGCGACAGCGCAUGAGGAACCACCUCAGGGAAUGCUCAAGACGCACAAAUUGCCUGUCCUACACGAACGUGGAGGUGGUAGCGACCAGAAUAUCGGCGAGGAUUGGGCCUUUACGUUGAGUCGACGCAGGUUCGAAAUCAAGCCGUUCAGUCUUCCUCCUGCGGAAGGCGACAAUGAAGCUCAACAGGCACCGAGUGAUAGUAAAAUGCCUAAGAAGGCCGAUCUUGAGUUUUAA